AAGGAAAAAAGCAGGAAUGCGGAGCAGUGUAGAGACGAAGACGAAAUAUUCACACUUGAUAACCAAGUUUUAAUCGUUUAGGAGAAUCGACUUCUGUAUACAAUCGAAAGAGGACCAAGUAUGAGUAUUCUGACUGACAUAAAUACAUAUUAUAUAAUAUAAAUAAAUUAUAAAAGCAUAGGUUAAAAAGUAGAGCUGGUUAGAAAAGUAAAUACAGAAGGAGAAAAGGAGAUAUAAAGCUCGAAGUGGUUGUAACGAAAGUGGUGAGCAGAAGAUAGAAGUGGAAGUGGAAGUGGAAGUGGUGGUGGUAGGAAUAGUAGUGGUGGUAGUAGGAGUGGAGCUACUAGGAGGUGGAGGAGGAGGCUUGGGGAAGGUUCGCCAGCCGCCGGAAGAGCAUCGACGGCGACGGGGGCGGGGAAGCUGUCCACCGAACGGAACGACCGCUCGGUGAUACGAACAGCGAGUCGAACGGUUCCCCAACGAAUACGGAUAUAUCGAUCAUUGACGAUAGUUGCCGAUUUUGCGCUAGUCGGCAUUCAACGGCAGGGGUGGAAGGAGGUGGAGGUGGCGGAGGAGGUGGCGGCGGCGGUGGUGGCGGCGGUGGAGGUGGUGGUGGUGGCGGCGGCGGUAGCAGUGACAGUGGUAGUGUCGUAGCUAGUGGUAGUGGCGGUGAUAGUGAUAGCGACAGUGAUUAAAAAUACGAAAAAGCAAACAAACGACGAGGAAAAAGAAUAUAAUUUAGAAAAGAAAGGACAGUAAUUAGCAAGAAUGGCAGACACAAGUCAGCAACAACCGUUGACUGAACCACAUACGAAUGGGGUAAUGGACGGUUUGACAGAAGAAGAGAAGAGUAAAAUGCGGCCUGCAGACAUCGAUGCGGAUAUGAGGGAGAUGGAAAGAAGGAAGAGAGUUGAAAUGAUGAUGAAUUCUCGACUUUUUCGCGAAGAAUUAGAACGCAUUAUUGAGACACAAAUGAAAGAUGGUGCUGGACCAUCAGGUCUAUUACAGCAAAUAUCUGAUAUGAUGGGUGCACAAGGUGCUCGGUUUAAUGCAAAUGUUUUUAAAACUUCUAAUUGUGUAUUACCCAUCAACGACAUCCGUGGUGUCGAAAGUAUGGGUUAUGCAAAGGGAGAGAAACUAUUGCGUUGCAAAUUGGCAGCAGUAUUUAGACUGCUUGAUCUCUAUGGUUGGACUCAAGGUGUUGGUGGACAAAUUACAGCACGUUUAAAUCAAGAUCAAGAACACUUUUUAGUUAAUCCGUAUGGUCUGUUGUAUCACGAAGUUACUGCUUCAAGCUUGAUUAAAGUUGAUAUGCAAGGAACGGUCGUGGAACAGGGAACAACCAAUUUUGGUGUUCAUGUGGCAGGGUUUCAAUUGCAUUCAACGAUUCACGCUGCUAGACCUGAUAUAAAAUGCAUUGUUCAUAUUACCACUCCGUCCGUUACUGCUAUCUCGUCAUUAAAGUGCGGAUUACUGCCAAUUGGACAAGAAAGUAUAGUAAUAGGAGAGGUAAGCACGCACCAGUAUGUAGGUGGAUUUUUUGAACCAGAAGAAAAAGAGAAGAUAGCAAGAAAUCUUGGACCGAUGAAUAAAGUUAUGCUUUUAACGAAUCGCGGUGCUCUCUGCUGCGGAGAAACUGUCGAAGAAGCUUUCUUCAAUGUUUACAAUAUGGUCUUAGCUUGUGAGACCCAGUUAAAACUAAUGCCUGCUGGUUUGGAUAAUCUAAAUCUUAUUUCCGAAGAGUCUAAGAAAGCUAUAUUCGAAGCCUCGAGAAAACCACCCACACCGCAACAAACGGCUCAAAUCACCGAAACCACUGCUCUUGCUGAGAAACUCGAAAAGCGUUGGCGAAUUGGUGGAACUGAAUUUGAGGCACUUAUGCGAAUGCUUGAUAAUGCAGGUUUCCGAACUGGCUAUAUAUACAGAAAUCCACUAGUAAAAGGAGAACCUCCGCGGCCUCGAAAUGAUGUAGAAGUACCACCAGCAGUCUCGUCUUUGGGAUAUUUACUCGAAGAAGAAGAACUUUAUAAACAGGGGCUCUGGAAAGGUGGCCGUAAAGGCACGGAUAGGUCACGUUGGUUAAAUUCGCCCAAUGUAUACCAAAAGGUCGAAAUACUUGAAACAGGAACUCCUGAUCCGAAGAAAAUUACAAAGUGGGUGUCAGACGGAUCUCCGACGCAUAGCAGUACACCGGUGAAGAUCGACAGUGCCCUUCAAUUUGUACCGAAAAAUACCAAUCCAAAGGAAUUUAAACAAUUACAACAACAGAUAAAGGAUUACCGUAGGGCAGAUAAGAUAUCAGCUGGGCCACAAUCCCACAUAUUAGAAGGAGUUACAUGGGAAGAAGCCAAAAAAAUGCAGGAUGCCACUAUUAGCGGAACAGGAGAACAAGUAGUGUUGGUAGGGGCAGCCAGUAAAGGUAUCAUUCAAAGAGGGUUUCAACACAACGCAAUGGUUUACAAGACACCAUAUGCAAAAAAUCCUUUCGAUGCUGUUACUGAUCAAGAACUCGAUCAAUAUAAGAGAGAAGUUGAACGCAAACAAAAAGGAGAUAUCUAUGAUGAAUCACAAUCAGAAUCGGAAGCAUUAUCAUCAUUCAAUGUUAGUCGGGCAACACACGAAUCAAGCACUGCCAAAAGUCCAAUUCAAUCACCGGUAUCUGUAACUUCGGAAACAGAAGAAGAGAGCAGAGAUGAACCCCGAGUACUACGGAUAGAAACGAAACAAGUGCCUGCACCAAGUCAACCUGAAGUUGUAUUGAGCGACGAUCUUGGUUCACCGAGCAGGUUCUGCAGUCAAUGCAAAAACAAAUGUGAGAACAAGAUUGAAAAUGAUGCCUGCAUUAUUAGUAAACACCGUCAUUGUCCAGUUGCUGAACUAUAUCUAUACGAACCACGUUUAGAAAUUGUCCGAGGUGACAUAAUCGCAGAGCGGUUAGUAACUAAGUUAAUCGACUACCGUCCUUGUCCUCCAGUUAUAUUAACUGGUGAGCAAGUAAAUUGCUCGGGUGACAUGAAAUGCAAUGGUCUUGAACAAGUUCCAAAUUCGAUUUACUUUGAAGACAAAAAAACACAAGAAGAAUUGACCAAAAAAAGAAAAUCUAAAGUUCGCAGAACAUUGGAAAUGAAAAAUAACGUAAAUUCAUUGAAUGUUCCGUCUUCUAACGAAAAAGUGAAAGAAAAAGAUAGAAAUGAUAAAACAAAUUUGAAGUCGAUCGAUACAAGCUCUAUGGAACAGAUUACCGAAAUAGUAAGCUGUAUUGAUUCAAACAUACAGCCAACGAAAACAAGAUUAAUCGCUUUAUCUUCUCCUGAAUUUAAAGUCUCGAAGAAAUAUAGUUUAGAUCCGUCCGAUAUGAGUUUAAUAUACAGUUUGACACCAUGUAUGAAUUCAGAAAAUGAUCACGAAAAUGUUGAUAAAACGAUGAUAGACAAAUCGUCGAAGUUAUCAACAUUUACAUUUGAACCCAAUAAUAACUUGGAGCAGAAUUGCUUUUUGCAAUCAAACGAAGAGAAAAGUCCCAAAAACGAACAACAACAAUGGGGAAAAAAGGACUGCGUAGACGAUAAAAUUGAUAAUUAUAUCUGGUUCAAUUCGUUAUCUGACAGUGAAAAGUGUGAGAUUUCUAACGAUAACAAGACUAUAAAUAACGAUAUAUGUUUUGAUAAUGGACAAGUUGAAAUUCGUUCGAACGAAGGAUCUGAUAUGUUGGAACUAUCCGCUGACACGACUUUAGAAUUGCUGGAAACUACAGGUGAAUAUUUUCGAAAUGACAUAAGCAAUAUGGCGAAUGAAAUUAUCGCAGAACUUAAUGGAAAUGACACGUAUGUGAUCAUUUACUGUCUAGUAAAUGAAAUUUUUCAAAACGUUUAUGAUAUUCUUUCGAGUAUAGAGUUAAAUGAUCGAUGUAGUUUGCCGUUAUCAUCCAUUUCUCGGCAAUUCUCAACUCCAAAAUUAUGUUUGAACAUAAAAGAUAACGAACACACGCCGAAAGAAAUCGAAAAGACUCAGACCAAUCAAACUACACCUGUUAUCGUUAUACAUGAAGUUAUUCACCAUGUGAUCGAUGCAUGUGAUGAAAUUAAGAAAGCAAAAACCUAUGCAAAUAUAGAGCUGAGAGAAAAAGGGUACAAUGAUACUGUUAGCAAUGAGGAAGAAAACAUUGGACAGCAGAAGGAUUUGACAACGAUAAUAAACAGUGACAAAUCAAAAAAAGCAUCUGAUCGAAACACACAAGUUGCACCGACUGUUACCGCUUUUGAGAAUCUGGUUUUACCCGAGAAGAAUGAUCAGUCUGCUGAAACAGCAGCAGAAGCAGAUGACAUGACGGAAGCAGCAAUUUUCGAAUUUCAUACACUAGUGAAGGCGAAGCCAACAAAUACUGAUAAAAAGGAAUUUGAAUUGAACUUCCGAAUAGAGAGAAAUUUUGGUGUUGAGAGCAAUGUUGAAAGUAAAAGAUCGCAUAGGCAAAAUAUGGAAGAAGUUGAGCCUGGUCUAUCUGAAAGUUUAGAUAAGCUUGCUGAGAUGGGUUGUAAUAUAGAUACGGAUAAUUUACCCGAAAUUGAUACAAUGGAAGAAGAAUUAGCAAAACUAUCAGAGACUUAUAAGGCUGUAGAGCUGAAAGAAAAAGAAGACAGUAAUACUAGUAACAAUGAGAAAGAGGAAAUCGGGCAGCAGGUGGAUAAUUUGACAACAAUGAUAAACAGUGAUGAAUCAAAAAAAGGUUCUGAUCGAAGUAUGGGAGUUACAUCGAUUUCUUUUGAGAAUUUGGCUUUAGACGAGGAGAAUAAUCAAUCUGUUGAAACAGAAGCAGACGCAAUUUUCGAGUUUCGUACAAUAGUGAAAGCGAAGCCAAUAAAUACUGAUAAAGAAGCAGUUGAAUUGAACUUCCGAAUAGAGAGAAGUUUUGAUGUUGAGAGCAGUGUUGAAAAUAAAACAUCACAUAGACAAAAUAAGGAAGAAGUUGAGCCUGGUCUAUCUGAAAGUUUAGAGAAACUCGUUGAAAUGGAUUGCAAUGUAGGUUCGUAUGAUCUGUUCGAAAUUGAGAAAAAAAGAAGAGAACCAAUGACACUAUCAGAGACUACUAAAGCUGUAGAAGCGUGCGUUGAUUGUAUUUAUUGUAUGAAUUCCUGUCCUAUGGAUUACAAUCAAGAAUAUUCUCCGUUAUCGACCAUAGGUGAAGAAGAAUCAGAUGAAAAGAUUGUGGAUUUAAACGCAGAAAUUGGAAGGAAACGACUUAAUGAUACUUAUACAUUUUGUGAUUCCGACGAAAUCGUAAAUGACAAAGAAUUAUCUAGUCAUAACUUAGAAAAUAACAAUAACGCAUUUCUUUAAAAUGAUUUCAUCAAACGAUCAAACAUCGUCCUUUUCAGAAAUUUAUCCCCUCAAAGAUGUAACACUUGCUUCAGUGGAGUUUCUUUAAGUUAAUAACUUGAGAAAACCAAUAGUAGAACCAUGAUCGUAGAAUUUAGUUCCUAGAAUUAUUUAAAGGAUACUUUUUCAAAUAUCCACAAAAAUAUUCCUUUUCUGUUUGCUACAAACCAAAGAAAUUUUUUUAUUUAUCGAAGGUAUAAAACGAUAUGUUAAUUUGUAUUUUAAUUUACACAGUGCUCGUUUUGUUUAUUGUUUAUAUCUAAUGUUUACAGUUGUAUUAUGCACAUUGUUCGUGUCCUGAUAUUGCAUACUUUGUCUUUUUAGUUUUUUCUUUCUUUAUUUAUUUAUUUUUUCUUUUAUUUGUAUCGAGUACAUGUUUUGUAUGCGAAACAUAUUAAGAUUAUGAAAUAAAUAAUUUUCCUAAACGUAA